GCUGCAGAGAAGCAGUUGUUUUGCUGGAGGAGGGAGUGUGCAGGCUGCCUGGCUCCCACCCUUCCUCCUCUGAGCUCCGGGGCAGGGACCAGGCUGCCCCUUCCUCCAGCACCCCCUCUUCCCUUUGCGCCCUUGGCCCGGAACACUGUCCUGGCUAAGUCUGGCCUUUGUUGCUUUCUGGGUCCAUCUUAAGAGAGACUCUCCUUGACCAAGAAAGAGUACUUUGAAGGAGGUAGGAUGCAGGAGCUGUGUCUGCUGUGCUGGGCCGUCCUCCUGGGCCUGGGGCAGGCCUGUCCUGAGCCCUGCGACUGCGGGGAGAAGUACGGCUUCCAGAUCGCCGACUGUGCCUACCGCGACCUGGAGGCGGUGCCACCUGGCUUCCUAGCCAACGUGACCACGUUGAGCCUGUCAGCUAACCGGCUGCCCAGCUUGCCAGAGGGUGCCUUCAAGGAGGUGCCCCUGCUGCAGUCUCUGUGGCUGGCACACAACGAGAUUCGCACAGUGGCUGCCGGCGCUCUGACUUCCCUGGGCCAUCUCAAGAGCCUGGACCUUAGCCACAACUUCAUCUCUGACUUUGCCUGGAGCAACCUGCGCAACCUCAGUGCCCUCCAGUUACUCAAGAUGGACAGCAAUGAGCUGACCUUCAUCCCCCGAGAUGCCUUCCUCAGUCUUCGUGCCCUGAGCUCACUGCAGCUCCAGCACAACUGCUUGCACACUCUGGCCGAGGGCACCUUUGCCCCACUCACUGUGCUGUCCCACCUGCAGAUCAAUAACAACCCUUUCCGGUGUACCUGUGGCAUCGUGUGGUUCAAGACCUGGGCCCUGACCACAGCCGCAUCCAUCCCAGAGCAGGACAACGUCACCUGCACCUCACCCGACGCGCUGAAGGGCACACCGCUGACCCGCCUGCCGCCGCUGCCUUGUUCACCACCCUCGGUGCAACUCACCUACCAGCCCAGCCAGGAUGGUGCCGAGCUGCGGCCUGGCUUCAUGCUGGCACUCUACUGCCAUGUGGAGGGGCAGCCAGCCCCGCGGCUCCACUGGCACAUCCAGACGCCUGGUGGCACGGUGGAGAUCACCGGCCCCAACGUGGGUGCUGAUGGGCAUGCCCUGGCAGCCAGCAGCCGGCCACGCUUCCAGGCCUUUGCCAACGGCAGCCUGUUCAUCCCGGACUUUGGCAAGCCGGAGGAGGGCACCUACAGCUGCCUGGCCACCAAUGAGCUGGGCAGUGCGGAGAGCUCGGUGAACGUGGCACUAGCUACUCCGGGCGAGGGGGGCGAGGAUGUGCUGGGGCGCAGGUUCCAUGGCAAAGCUGCCGAGGGUAAGGGCUGCUAUACGGUUGACAACGAGGUGCAGCCGUCAGAUCCUGAGGACAACGUGGUCAUCAUCUACCUCAGCCGCAAUGGAGGCCGGGAGGCUGCGGAAGCCAGGGGCGGGGUCUCUGGGCAGCAGCCCCCAGGCCUGCUUCCGCUGGGCCAGAGCCUCCUCCUCCUCCUCCUCACUUCCUUCUGGUUCCGCCCCCACCCACCCGAGCUGCAGCAGCCCCAGGGCCUCCUGGACGCCUCCCCCUGACUCAGUGGAUGUCCAUGCAGGGGUCUGGGGUUGGCAGCUCCCAAGACCUACCUCCCCUUCUCAUCUCUUCUGGGGCGCUCUCCACAUCCACUUCCACACUUGCUCAAUGCUAGUGACUAGGCCAGAAUUGGAUCCCAUCACUCGUGGGCCUUCGGUAUUCCUUGCUGCUAACCACGUGGCCCAUGCCCCCCUGUGCAGGCAGCAUGCUAACAGGGUACUACCCUAAACAACGGGGCAAGGCCUCACUGAUGGAAUCCAGGGCCUGGGACUGACCAGCUGGCGAAGGCUGGGGGCUUAGGCCUUAGCAGGGAAAUAGCCGGAAGUAGACAGGGCACAGGAGACAGGAAUGGGAUAGAGGGGCAGAGGCUGGUGUGGCUUGGAGACUCUCAGUGACCUGCUUGAGCUCCUGCUGCCCUGGGGCGUUCCCUAAUGACUUGGGGGCUCCAAAUUCUCUGCCCCCGUCUCAGACAGGACUGGAGGAUCCGGGGGCCUCCCUCUUCUCACCCUUCCUCCUUUAGCCUCUGCCCUGCCCUCCUAGACACCUGCCCUGCCUUUCUCUCCAAGUGUGCAUCUGUAGCCUACCCCUCUGAGGAGGCCAGCCAGCCUGGGGAAUAAAUGGCAUUUCUGAUGCUCCCCUGUGUCUGCCUGGAGUUUCGUCUGGUCUAGAAGCCCCUGUCAGGGGUAGGACCAGGGGCUGGAGAGUCAGGAUGGCCCAGGCCUGUCCGCACGGGACGGGCCUGUGAAACACACACUGACUAUGUGGCAGGCGGUAGCAUGGGUGGCCCGUGGUGGGUGAGAGGCUGGGCCCCCAGCUGAGCUGAGUUGCAGAUGUCCUUCCCCCCAAAUUAGCCCAUGAGACAAAUGGCGGCACUAGCUACUGAGGCUUCCCUGGGGCCCUGAGUGGUGCUGUAUGCAGUAUGGUGUGAGGAGGCAUAGUGGAGGCGGGGAAGAAAGAGCCUGGAUUGUGGUCCUCUUGCUGGUCCACUCCAUGUUAGAGAUGUCAGGGAGUGUAGAUGGAAAGGGGACAGGCUAGGCAAGAUGGAGAAGUGAGAGAAGGGAGGGGAUGGGGGACAUAGGACACAGAGGAGAGAGGAUGGAGGGAAGAAAAAGGAGCUAGGAGACGGAGGAGAACAGGUGUGAGGGAGAAGCCAAAGGAAUGGAUGUCCUUCCUCCCACCUUUUCAGGAAGAGGAAAUGGCAUUCCUGGAGGAAAGUCCUUUCGUAGGAGUGUUUCCCCACAGAACAGAUGGACCAGUGACUGACUUGGAGGGGAGGGGGGCAGGUAGGAUGAGGGCCUGGCAACAGCCUGCAGAUCUCUUAGGAUGGGGAGCAGGUAGAUGGGGUCAGGACCUGGGGACUAUAAGAACCCCAUAUCUGUGCUGGGUCAGAUGUAUCUCCCCUCUGCUUCCAUCCCUGACCCUUUCCAAAUGUAAGGGUGCUGCACAUCGGACAAGACCCCGUGGGAGAGGCUCUGCCACUUCUGCCCAGAGCUCUCAGGACUGCUGAGCACGGCAAGGUAGAGGCAGAGAGACCGAGGAGCCUGGGGUAGCAGCUAUGAGCCUUGGAGGCUGGCCAGCCUCCCCCUCCCCUCCUCCUGUCCACAUUGGGCACUUCUCCAUCCCUCUCCAGCUGGCAGCUCCCACUGAACAGAUGACACCAGCAGCACAUGUCAAGGACUGUGUAUCUGGUGGAAAAAAACAGCAAGAGGAAGCUGAGCCCCUGUGCUGUGCCACCUUAAAUAAGUCACUACCCAUCUCUGUGCUUUGCUUCCUUAGGGGAAAGAAGAGACAGGCCCUGUCUGUUGGUUGGAGCAUUGUCCUGUACAGGGAAAGGCAACCCAUCAGUCAGUGCUCCUCUCCCUGUCUCUGUCCUUCUCUCCCCCUCCUCUCUCUCUAAAAAAAUCAAUAAAAACAUAUCCUUGGGUGAAAAUUAAA